AUGCUGGGUAAAUUCAAAGCCCUAGUUGAAUCUAACUGUUGCUCAGUUGACUCUGAAUUUCUCGUGGUAGAUGGUAAAACAUCUCUUCUUGGAUAUGCAGCUGCUCCAGACCUUGGAAUACUGCAAAUUGCAAAUGCUGCGUCUGUGGAAAGGAGAGUGUUACAAAAUUACCCAAGUCUUUUCAGUGGCCUUGGAAAGCUGAAGAAUGUUGAGGUCCAAUUUCAAAUCAAUGAAAAUGUGAAACCUAUGCAUCAAUCGCAGAGACACAUCCCAUUCCAUCAACUAAAGAAUCUUGAAGCUUGUGUUGAAUCUCUGCUGCAACAGGAUAUCAUUGAGCCGGCUAAUGGACCCACUCUCUGGGUAUCUCCUAUGGUUUCGGUGCCCAAGCCCAGACAAGCCCAGUUCAGUUUCUUCGGUUUUGCCAUUUUAGAUACUUAA